AUGUCAGCUCCAAGCGCCCGUCACUGGGAGCAAAACAAGGAGGCCACGGUCUACGUGGGAAACCUCCACGAGCGUAUCACACCGAGAAUCCUCCAUGAGUUAAUGCUCAAUGCCGGCCGUGUGCGCAACGUCAACAUGCCCGUCGACCGUGUCAACGGCCAACACCAAGGCUUCGGCUUCGUCGAAUUCCACACCGAGUCCGAGGCCGACUAUGCGCCCAAGAUCAUGAACAACGUCGCGCUAUAUGGGAGCAGAAUCCGCGUCAACAAAGCAUCAGCCGAUAAGCAACGGAAUGUCGAGAUUGGCGCAGAGCUUUUCAUUGGCAAUCUCGAUGCCAUGGUGGAUGAGAAGACGCUAUACGACACAUUUGGCCAGUUUGGACCGCUCGUCAACGCUCCAAAGAUUGCCCGCGACGAGACGAACCUUUCCAAGGGUUACGGCUUCAUCUCAUUUGGCGACUUCGAAUCCUCAGACGGUGCCAUCGCCAGCAUGCACGGUCAAUACAUCAUGAAUAAGCAGAUUACGGUCCAGUAUGCAUACAAAAAGGAUGGCAAGGGUGAUCGGCAUGGAGACGAAGCAGAGCGCAUGCUUGCAAAACAGGCCAAGGCCCACGGCGUCGCAGCCGCUGUUCAACCCCUACCAGCACACCUUUUCCAACUUCCACCAGGUGCUGCCGUUCCUACAGGACCCGCUAUGGGUGCAGAUGGUCGAGGUAUAGGUGGUGGACCUAACGGACCUUCAGGCUUCGGACCGCCUAACGGAGCCCCAGGCUUCGGCGCACCUCAUGCGCCUCCAGGCUAUGGCCGGCCAGGACCUCCAGUAGGGCCUCCUUCUCUUCCGCCAGCCCCAUCUGGCUUACCAGCUCGUCCGCCGAGUGGAGCGCCUGCAAACUUCUUUCCUCCGCCCCCUGGGUUUGGUAACGCGCCGCCCAACGGACCACCUGGAUUUAAUGGACCACCCGGAUUUAAUGCUCCACCUGGGUUCAAUGCCCCACCAGGUUAUGGACCUCCAGGUUUCGCUCCCAGAUGA